AUGAGCUGCAAGCCUGGUUUUGUUCGGAACUUGGUUUCUAAAAUGGAGGGCUUCAAUAUCCGAUUUACGACAAAUAAUGAUGACGACGACGACGACGAAGAGUACAUUUCAGAGUUAAUCAAUCAUUCUGUCCUUGUAUAUUGGGUACAGAGGAAGUCAAAAGACAGGAACAGUGUCAAACUUGCAAAACGAUUGGCAGGAGGAAAGGACAACCACGUGGGGUAG